CAGGGUUGGGGCCGAUCAGGUAGAAGGUACCACAGAGAUGAGAGGGAGAGGCAAGUGGGACAGUCGGUAGAAUUAGAGUCAGUUACACUUCCGGCUCCCGAUAGAGUUUACCUCACACAGUGACAGGAAGAAGCGGGAAGCGUUAGGGGCAAUAUCAGCGGGAAGGAACAACAUGGAAUGUGGGCGGAGCCUCCCGAUAAUGAACAGCCGCGUCCGCAGGCGAUGCUGAGAGAAAAGAGGCGGGGCUUUACUAGACACGCCCUUAUUGGGAGAGCCAAGGAGCGGCGAGUAACAGGCGGUGUGGGCGUGUCAGUGUGCGAGUGAAUGACAGAUGAAGUGGGAGUGUCCGGGCGUGUCUAUUCGUGUCCUUGCGCUGCUGGAUGCGGGGGGAGUUGUGCUGCGUGGAACGCUCCAAAUCUGUGGGAGAAACCAUCCGGGCAAGUGGGGGAGAUCCAGAUGGGGGGAUCAGAGUGUGAGGCCGUGUUGCUUCGCUUCCCCGGGGAGGAUGCGGCGCUGCUGGCGGAUCUGAAUGAGAAGAAACUGCUGGAAAUCCUGCGGGACCGGUACCGGGAGCAUCGGAUCUAUACGUACGUGGGGGAUAUUCUGAUCGCUGUUAACCCUUUCCAAGACUUGCCAUUAUACAGCCCAGAGGUCUCGGAUAAAUUUGGCUCUCAGCCCCUGGGCUCGUUGCCGCCUCACAUAUUUGCCGUAGCCGACCGUGCGUACAACUCCCUGCAGGGGAACCCCGGGAAACUAUCCCAGAACCAGUGUGUUGUGAUCAGUGGAGACAGUGGAGCAGGUAAAACUGAGAGCACCAAACUUCUGCUCAAGCACCUCGUGAGGAGGAGCCGGGGGAACCUGCAACUGGGCCAACAGAUCCUACAGGUAAAUCCCUUAUUGGAGGCAUUUGGGAAUGCUCAGACUGUGAUGAACCCCAACAGCAGCCGAUUUGGAAAGUACAUCCAACUGCGCUUCCGAGAUGGUGCAGUGAGAGGAGCAAAGAUCAAUGAGUAUCUUCUGGAGAAGUCUCGCGUGUCUCAUCAGGACCCCGGGGAGAAGAACUUCCACAUCUUCUAUUCCAUGUUGUGUGGCAUUCCUGAGCAGGAGAAGCAGGUCUAUGGGCUCCUACAGCCCUCACUGUAUAGGUACAUUGGCAGCGAGUGGGAAGAUGUGGAGUCCAGGGAGUGUGUGGAGUCGUACCAGCGAGUGUGCAAUGCCAUGAGGAUGGUUGGUUUCCAGGAGCAGGAGGAACUGGAUCUAAAAGUCAUUCUCUCUGGAGUCCUGUCGCUGGGCAAUGUUAUGUUUGAGCCCCAGGAGAAUGGGGGUGUGAGAGUGUCCCCCACAGCAAUGGGGUGGCUGAAAGCUGCAGCGGGCCAGUUUGGGGUUCAGGAGGAGGAGCUACUGAGCUGUCUGACUUGCACAUUGUCAAUGACCAGAGGGGAAUCCAUCCGCAGGCUCCACAGCCAACAGCAGGCUGAAGAUUCCAGAGACUCCAUUGCCCGAGUGGUCUAUUCCCGCUUGUUUGGAUGGAUUGUUUGUAAAAUCAAUGAGCUGCUUGCUGGAGACAUGGACAUGGGGAAAGAGCUGCAAGAGAUUGGAAUUCUGGAUAUUUUUGGUUUUGAGAAUUUCUCAGUAAAUCGCUUUGAGCAGCUUUGUAUCAAUCUGGCCAAUGAGCAACUGCAGAACUUCUUCAAUCAUCACAUUUUCCUAAUGGAGGAGCAGCAUUAUAAGGAAGAAGGACUGGAAAGGGAGGCCGUGGCCUUCAGCAAUAACCAAGCAACCCUGGAGCUGUUUCUGGCACGGCCAUGGGGUAUUCUUUCUCUUUUGGAUGAACAGAGCUCUUUUCCACAGGCUUCAGAUGUUUCAUUUGUGGAGAAGCUGAACACAACGUACCGUGAGAAUCCUCUCUAUGAGCGCGGCAGAGGCUGUGAUCCGGCUUUUACCAUCCAUCACUAUGCUGGGAAGGUCAAGUACUGUGCUGAGGGCUUUCUAGAGAAGAAUCGGGACACUCUUCCGACCAACAUCAACCACCUCUUUAUAAACAGUGUGACCUCCCUAAUAAGCAUCUUGUUUACAGCCAACAUUUCCAGGACUGGAACUUUAACCCCACAGCAGAGGGCCAAGGUUAAGGUUUCCCAAGAGAAGGGUCCUUCACGUAAGAUAUCUGUCGGGGCUCAGUUUCGGCACUCUCUGGCCGUACUCAUGGAGAAGAUGUAUGCCGCUGAACCUCAUUUUAUUCGCUGUAUUAAACCCAACAGCCUAAAUGAGCCAAGUCUCCUGGAGACCCAAACAGUCCUGAACCAGCUUCGCUACAAUGGCCUAAUGGAGACUCUGAGGAUCCGCAGGGAUGGUUUCUCCUGGAGACCUUCUUUUCAAGACUUUGUGAGACGGUUUGGGAUCCUCCUCCUUACGCCUGAGAUAGAACUGAGCAGAGAGAGUUGUGUGAGGAUCGCAGAGAAGGUGCAGUUGACCGGCUGGCAUUGUGGGAAAUCCCGUCUCUUCUUUAAAUAUUGGCACCAGGACCAAUUGCAGCAGUGUCUGGUAAAGCUCAGAGAAGCGGCAAUUGUAAUCCAAAAGUACUACAAGGGACGACUGUGCCACAGAAAAUAUUGGGCAAUGCUGAAGGAGAUGAAAGAGCAGCAGAUGAGACUCCUCCAGCAACAGCGAGAGAGAGAGGAAGAAGCGGAGAGAGAGCGCCAGAGACUGAAGGAGGAGGAGAAGCUCAGGGCCUUUACUCCCCCAGUUCCUGCACCUCGGAAGAGACCCCUGGCACCAAGACCUUUGUCAGUAUCCCAGCCCCCCGUCCCUCGGCCGAGGAGUCGGCUGUUUGAGCUCUCCCCAUUUGAUAACCCUAAAGCAGCUGCUGUGGGAACCCCACUAUCAGCAGUAAAAGGUGGGGAGCGUGAGCUCAAGAGGCUUCAGAGACGCAAAACCCUGCAGUGGUUUAAAGAGACCCAGGCCAGCAAAGUUCUUGAUGAUGGAACCGGAACCACCUCCCUGUGGCUGCACGGCAUGAUCUCACGCAGAGAGGCAGAGAACUUACUGCUGGAUAAAGAACCCGGAGACUUUCUCAUUCGGAUCAGCCAGACCCGCGCAGGGUAUAUCCUCACUUACAGGGGGGAGUCUCGCUGCCGCCACUACAUGGUGUGUGUUCAGUCUAACGAGUGCUACGUGAUUGUGGGUGAGGAUCGGGCCCAUUCGUCUCUCAGUGGCCUCAUUCACUUCCACCAGAGGGUUGGAAUCCAGCCGUACGGAGAAGUCCUGAGACAUCCCUGCGCGCAGGUAAAUCACUGGACACCAGACUGUGAAGAGUUAAAGUUUUUGACAAGGACCCUGUCACUGGGGGAUGAGAAUGAUUUGUCCAAAGAGGAGACCAGUCCCCCAAGUUCUGUCCAUAAAGCGUCGGCUUGUGAGAAGGUGAAUAGACAAAGAUACAGCAAAAUGCAAAGUGAGGAAUCUUCUCGCUCCCUCCCCAGAUUUCAUAAAUCAAUUCGAUUGGCAAUGAGGGAGAUCCAACAGGUCUCCCCAUACCCCCCAAUUUCUGACUCCUGACAAACCGUCUGUGAAUGAGAGAGAAUUUCAUGGUGGGAACAUAAGAGAAUGGAGCUUGAGCCAAAUGAAGAGACUCUACCUCCGCCGACCCCUCACUGGGGCGACACAAACACAUAUAAAUAUAUAUAAAUAUAACUCAGCAACUUUGGCUCUUCUGGUGACAAUUUAUGCAAAAAAUAAAUCUAUAGGUUGUUUUUUUCUUAUA